CGCCCUGCGUCCGUCACUUCCGGCCGCCGCGCCACCGCCGCCAGGAUGAUCCCGCCGGUGCAGGUCUCGCCGCUCAUCAAGUUCACCCGGUACUCGGCCCUGCUGGUGGGGAUGAUCUACGGCAAGAAGCGAUACGACUACCUAAAGCCUAUUGCUGAAGAAGAGAGAAGAAUAGAGGCUGAAGAGAAAAAGAAACGUGAAGAACUUGAGCGGAUUGCAAAAGAGCUUGCAGAAGCAAGUGAAGAGUCCAUAUUGAAAUGAACAGAAGAUUGGAUCUUAAUUUCACACAUGGAAGUACAUGGCUAGGCUCUGAGCUGUUCAGUGGUUGGUGGACUCUGCAUGCUGUUCUAUCAAUAAAGUACUUGGAACAUU